UGCUUGGCUGGGUGGUGGUGGGGAGUUGUGAGGUUGGGGGGAGUUUCUGUAACAACCUCCCCCAGGCUGACAACUCCUCUCUAUCCUCUCCCUCCACUUUAGCUGAGUGUACAGACCCCAAAAAGAUGGGAUGGCCGGGGAGCAGGCCAGGCUUGGCUGCUUUGUAAUCAUACCUGGCCCCAAAGGUUCAUUUGUUAUUACCGAGUAUCUAUUCUGUGCCCAGCACUGUGUGGCUGCUGGUUACAGCCAUGAACAAAGAUCAGUAGUCUUCAGGGAAAAUCAUUUAUUUUUCAUGAGGGAAGUGGAUAAAAACAAAUAAGUAUACAUCAGGGCUAACCAUUGGAAAGCCAAGUAAUGCAGGGUAAGUAAAUGGAGAGACCAAAGGGAGAGGUUGUUUUCAUAGGGAGGUCAGGGAAACUGGUGGCUGUGUUUCAAAUUCAUGUUUCCCCAACUUGGAGCCUAGUAGACAAUUCUGGGCCACGGGUAAUCCGUGCUGCCAUUGUGCAAGCCUAGUGAAGCCACGAGGCAAGGGUUGGGUUUCAAAGUCUAGGGUCUUUCUUGGUUGCACGUGGUUGUGUAUGUCAAGGCUCACUUCUCAACCCUCUGGGCCCAUGUCUGAUCCAUUCUGCAUUCCCAGAAGCCGUGUCUGGGUCUGGGACAGGGCAGGCUUUUGACGCUGCUUGUUCAGCAUGGAGGAGCCUCCAGGAGAAGGGACAUCAAGGUUCAGCCUAUCAGAAGCCAGCUUUGUGGCUUGAAGCUUGAGGCAGAGCUCAACCACUUCCCUGUCUUGCUCAUGGGGAAUCAGAGACAGUUGGAACCCAGUGAAAGGCUCCAGAUGCCUCCCUGGCUAGACACCACAGGCCUGAAGGUUUGGGGCUUGGAAGGAGGCCUUGGCCACAGUGACCACUUCUCUCACUGUGGCUCAAGCCUCUGCUCCAGGCAUGGCAGGGAAUGGGGUGGGGUGAGCAACUGGGAAGUAUAAGGCCUGCUCCAGGCUGUCAGAGGCUGGUCAGUGGCUCCUGGGCUCUUUCAGGGCCUUAUCCAGUGGUUGUCACCGGGAACAGACCAGGAGCACUGUGAGUCUCUCACCAUGGCUACCACACCUGGGUGGGCCCUGGGCUCCCUCCUGCCCACCCUUCUGCUGGGACUCACAGGUGAGUCCUCAUUCCUGUCCAGAGAGACCCUCAGGGCAGGCAAGGAGACCCCCAGGAAUGACCAAAUCCAGCCACCGUGUCUUCCUGAAGGGAGACAGGCUCAGAAGAUGUGACCGAACUGUUUUCCUGCCAGUCAGGUGCUAUUUUUCAUCUUUUCUUCAAUGUAGACCUUGUGGAUAAAGGGAGUUGGUGGGAGCUGGGGGAUCAGAGGAGGAAGUGAACUAAGGGUGAGGGGCUCAGGGGAGGUCAGGAGGUAAAAGGAGAGCCUACCUCCCAGUUUUCCUGAUGUCAACUCUAGUCUGGGUGGCUACCUGUUCUGGAUCAGAAAGGGUGUAAGGGUGGAAAAGACAGACAGAGAGAAAGAAAGAGAGAGAGAAGUUGCCAGAGUGAUGGAGCCUCCAGCAUUGGAGACAUGGAAGAGUCCUGGACCCAAAGUCAGACCGGCCUUCUUACCCUCCUUCCUUAGCCACUGAUAGGCUAUGUGACCUUGAGCAAGUCACAAGACCUUUCUGAGUCUCUGCUUCCUCUUCUGAAAGUGGGGACAAUAAUACCAGCCUCCCAUAGCUGGGAUGUGGAGGAAAAGAAGCAUACAAGGCUGAAAGUGUUUUCUGAACCACAUGGUGCUGUGUGCAGGGUGGGUGAUAAAGGCAGAGCACAGUCCAGAAGAUACCAGAGCUGUGUGCUAAGAGGAUGAGUUCCUAUGGCCAUCUGCGCUGCCCUCUGCCUGUCAUCCUGCUUGUCAUUGGUUGUUUAUUUGCCUUUCCCCUGCACCUGACCAGAUGCUUCUCAAGGGUAGGGAUCCCGUCUGACUCAUCUCUGUGGUCUCAGCACCCAACUCCUGACCUGGUGCAGAGCAGGGGCUCAGGGAAUGCUGCAAAGACUUGGGGAGGUUCCUGCUCCAGAGCUCUGCAGGGCUGUCCUUAGGAGGAGGGGUGAGUCUCAUCCUGCAGUUUUCCUGGAAAAAUUCUGGGAGACAGAUCUCAGGUUAUACCCCAGAAGCAGGAAAUAUUUUGUCAUAGUCCUAGCUGUGUGUGAGGGUAAAUGGAGCUGCUUCUCAUGGAGAGCGUUCUCUGUCACUGGAGGUAAGCAAGCAGACGACGGGGGUCUAGUGAGGUAUUGAUGGGAGGGACCCGAGUAGGAAGGCCAACCAUCCCUGUUGGGGUGAUUCUUGACUUUACAUUCAAGUCCUUAUAAACUUACAUCCACUGUGGAAAUCCUGAUUCAUCACCAUUCCCUUCCUAUCCCAACCCGGUCUUUCUCCAGUUCUUCCCAUCUCAAAACGUAGAGCUACCACUCACACAGCUGCUCUAGAGAAAACCUGGGAAUUGUUGAUCCAUAAUUCAUUCUGUCCCUCACCCCCUAUCCUGCCCGUCACUGAGUCCUGUGGGCUGUAUCUUCCAAAUGUGUCUCGAGUCUCCUUUUCUCACCACCCUAAUCCAGGCUACCAUCACCUUGGCCUGGAGGCCUGUACCAGCUUCCCCACUGAUCACCCUGCUUCCAUUCCUGCCACCCUCCUUCCCAUUCUCCGCACAACCCCAGUUAUCCUCUAAAAAAUGUACAUCAGACCACUUUGCCCCUCUAUCAGAGUCUCUUCUGGUUUCCCAUCACUCUCAGAAUAGAAUCAAAAUUAUCACCAUGGUCCCCAGGCUCUUCUCACUCUGGACCUCUUUGCCAUGACACUAGGGUCCUACAGACUUCUUGGUUUCUCAAGCCCACCAAGCUAUCCCUGCCUGAGGUCCUUCUCUCCUGCCAUCCCUGCUGUCUGGAAUGUCCUUCCUCUGUCCCUUCCCAUGGCUGGCUCCUAUUCAUUCCUCGGUUUCAGCUCAAUGAUGUCACCUCCUCAAGGAAUUCUUCCCCAGCUGCCCUUCUAGAAUAAGUCCUCCCCGUAUUCUCCAUCUGUGCACUCUUUGGGUUUUCUUGAGGGCAUUGGGCUCAGUCGUAACCACAUUUGCAUUUGCUUGUUUUCUUGUGAUCAAAUGCUGAUGUGCUGUCUGAAGACGGAACCAGACACAGCACAUAGUAGGUCCCCGGGCCUGACAUGCCUCUGGUGCCACUGGUGCCUGUGGGGUGUGUGCCACCCUCAGUGUGCAGUCACAGUUGCUCUUUCCUUAGCUGGACAGCCCUUCAUCUCUCUGACUGGUCCAUCUCAGAGGACAAGCCCUGGAGACUCGGUGCCUUUCAACUGUACUGCUGGCCCCUUCAACUCCAGGGACUUCUCCCGGGACUUCAAUGUUACCUGGUUGAAGGACAGUGAUGAACAUCCAGCCUCAGCUCAGCGCCUGGUGCCUGACAAUGAAGGCAAUGACUUCAUCACCAGCAAGGCAUGGGUGACACUGACCCGAAAGGAUGUCUCAUCUGAGAUCACCUGCGAAGUCACCCACAGGGCCCUGGUAGAGCCCCUGAAAACAACCAUGAAUCUCUCCCAAGUGCUCCGAGUUGUCCCCACCCUGAAGAUCACCACUGAAACCUCUGGGACCCGUGUACGUGUGCAAGACAGAGUGAAUCUCACCUGCCACGUCCUUCACUUCUAUCCCGCCCACCUGCGACUCACCUGGAUGGAGAACAGGCGCAUGAUUCAGACCCUGGUGUCCCCUCAGGCCACCAGAAAUCGAGAUGGGACAUACUCUCUGGAGCACACGUGGCAGGCAGAGGUCACGCCGGAGGAGCGUGAGUUUGCUUGCUGGGUCAUCCACGAUGAGCAGCCCCCACUCAAGGCCAAUGUCACCCUGCAAGGUCAGGUGCACAGGCAGGGGAAAGGCCGGAGUGUGCAGCCUUACAAGUUGCAAGGCCCCCUUCAGCGAUCUGAGCCCGGCACAAGGAUCCGAUUGACCUAUACGUCCUCAGGGUUUGCAACACACCAGGUUACUGUGACCUGGCUUAAAAACAAACAUGAGCUCCCAAACCCCCAGACCAGCAUCCAGUACAGUGGACACACCUACAAUGUGACCAGCAGUGUGCUUGUCCUGCUGACGGAUGAUGAUGUAUUCUCCCACGUCAUUUGCCAUGUUGAGCAGAAGUUGACGCUGUUUUUCCAGAAAACCAUUGGCCUGGACCAGUACCUCCGGGAACCCAUGGCAGUUGUGUGGAGGCACCUUACCCUGCCCUCUUCUCCACGGGCACUACCCCAGUUACCAAGAUUUCAACACCCGGAGUCCUCCAUUCUCAGGCCUUGCUCUUUUCUUCGUGAGAUCCCUGUCCUCUCCUGGUGUGCUGAAAGGGAAAGACUAAGUUCAGUUCCCCCUACAGUGACAGUGUUCCAGUCUUCCACCUCCUCCAGCUUGGUGGCCGUUACUUGCCUCGUGCAAAGAUUCUAUCCACAAAACGUGCACCUCACCUGGCUAGAGGAUUGCCAUACACUCAAAGGCACUGAGCAACCGACAUUCAAGAAGAAUGAUGAUGGGUCUUACACCCUGGAAAACCUGCUGCUGGUGAAUGCAUCAGUGCAGGGGCCUGAGCGGGUGCUUACCUGCAUGGUGGAACAUGAGGGACAGCCUCCCAAACGGGCCAACCUCAUACUGUCCACAACAGCCCACACCGCUUAUAAGCCCAUUGGGAGCACAGGUCCAGAGAUGCCCGCCCUUAUCUUUGUGGUUUUCCUCCUGGGCCUCAAGGUGCUACUGGUGAUGAGUUUCACAGCGACCUACAUCUGCAGGAGGUGGAACCUGUGACAGCCCCUGCAUGCCCUGUGAUACAUUACUUCCAGCCCUCUUGAAGGGGUUCAAGCGGGGAGAAGCUGCAAGGACUUAUAGGUCACUAAAGACCCCUUUAUUCCGUCCCUGCCACCACCAUCGCAGACACGCUCCCUUCCGCACACCCUUCUGAUGUUCCUUCCCUCAGAGCUUUGGAGCUGAGUCAGGGACGGAUUUACUUCAUAAGGAUUCCAGGGAUGUCUUGACCCUCAUGUACUGAGCUUCAAAUUGGCCCUGCUUCCACACAAGAGAAUUAAGCUGAUCAAGAAAAGAAGUUUCCAUUCUACCCUGGUCAUGAACAAUCCUUAAUUUUCAGAGCAGUUUUUACUUUUGUGCAGGGUUUUUGAAAAUAUGAUUUCAUUUGAACACACAUAUAUUUUGAAAUCACUGGUAAGUUGCAUGAGCAUUUUUAUCUUCUGAAAUGUACAGAAAAAAUACAAGCCAUACCCAAGCACCUACCAUCCUAUCUUUUAAAAAUAGUAACAUUUGCCAUUGUAAUCUUCAGUUCUAAAAAAAAAACACUGUUCUGAAUUUGUUUAUCAUUCUCAAGCAUGACUUUAUAACUUUAUAACAUAUGUAUAAAUCCUCAAGCAAUGUAUAGUAUAACUUUUAUAUUUUUAACAUUAUAUAAAUGCUAUGAUACUGUACACAGCACUCUGGAACUUUAUUUUUUAUGCUUAACACAGUUUGUGAGGUUUCUUCCUGUUGAUAUGUGGAGCUACAUUUUAUUCAUUUUGCACUGUUCUGUGGUCUUCUCUUGUAAGAACAUGCCACAAUGUAUCAGUUCUUCUCAAGAUAGAUGUUGAAGCUUCAUUCAGUGCUUUGCUAGUACAACUUUGCAGCCAACAUUCUUAUAUUUGUUUCCCUGGGGAUGUGUGGGAGAGUCCGCCUUGUUCCUCUAGCUUGGUGCACAAAGCUGCAGUAUUGGUAUGA